GCCCCUCGCGCCGGAGGAGGAGGAGGAGGAGGAGGCUUGGGCCCGCGGACGUGCAGCCGCCCUUCGCGCCGUCCUUACUCUUCCGGCCGACAUCAUGCUCCAGUUCCUGCUCGGAUUCACUCUUGGCAACGUGGUUGGAAUGUACCUGGCUCAGAACUAUGACAUGCCAAACUUGGCUAAAAAGCUUGAAGAAAUUAAAAAGGAUUUGGAUGCCAAGAAGAAACCGCCCAGCUCCUGAGCCUGCCGCCGGCACUGCCUUCCGGACGCGCUGAUGCCGUCUGUAGCAUCUGCCCACAGCGUUUGUCUUCCUCUCCGACCGCCGUGAUCAUCUUCUCUGCCGGACCUCGUGUUGCUUCCAGCGCGAUGGGGUCCCGAGCCGAGAGCUGCCCUUGCAUCUCCAGCGUCCCUGCCUCUCCCCCGCCGCCUCCUUCCAGCUGCCUGGGAGGCCCCGAGGCUGGAGUGACGGUGCUGGACUAGUAAACAUGGCCUUUCUCUAGUAGUCUCUCCCUUCUUCUGUGGGAUUUCUGCUACCUUUAGUCAAAAGAAAAAUUGAUAAGUUUUGUAUAGCUGAUAAGAUAGACAUAAAUAAUACUCAUUUUACAGGUUAGCAUUUAUAAUGGGUGCUUUUUAAACAUUACUAAAUUUUGUUGUUUUGAAGUAAAUACAAUAGAAAAGCCAA